UCUUCUCGCCCGUCAUUGAGGGACGAGUUGAGGAGGAAGACGGCCAGCGCGGAGGAAGACGGCCGCCCUCGCUCUCCUUCCUCUUUCUCCUUCUUCCUCUUUCCCUCCAUUCUCCUCCCUCGCCUCCCCCGGGAGGGGGGGUAUACGUUGCGGCGCUGGGGGAGGAUGAACGGAGGAUAAAUGGUGCCCAAAGCAGACAACGGCACUUUCCUCCUCCUCUUCCUCCUGGUGCUCAGCAUCACCGAGCCUCUGCGGCCAGGUGCACGGCUAACUCUGGCAAGACUUCUUUCAGAGCUGCGCUGUAUCCCGGGGCAAUUUGCUUGUCGCAGCGGUUCCAUCCAGUGCAUCCCCUUGAACUGGCAGUGUGAUGGAUGGCCCACCUGCGAGGAUGAGAGUGAUGAAGUUGACUGCCCAAAUUUUACAGGGGACCAGCGGAGCUACCAUGGGAAGGAGGCCAUGGAUUCCCGGCACAAUCGUGGAAGAGGUGGGGACACCACUCGCUUUCACACAGUCAACAUGGCACAGCCGGUUCGGUUUAGCAGUUUCCUAGGGAAAUGCCCAUCAGGAUGGCAUCACUACGAGGGCACGGCCAGUUGCUACAGGGUGUACUUAAAUGGCGAGAACUACUGGGACGCGGUGCAGACGUGUCACAGAGUGAACGGAUCACUGGCCACCUUCACAACGGACCAAGAGCUCAAAUUUAUCCUGCAGCAGGAGUGGGACUCUGAGGAGAAGGCCUUUGGGAGGAAGGACCAGCGUCGGUUCUGGGUUGGGUAUCAGUAUGUCAUCACGAACCGAAAUAGUUCUCUAGAAGGUCACUGGGAGGUUGCUUAUAAAGGUUCGUCUGAGGUGUUUCUGCCCCCGAACCCGACACUUCCAACGUCUGUGUCCGAAAAUGAAAACAUCUUCUGUGCCCAGUUCCAGUGUUCCCAUUUCCCAACCCUUCGACACCGCGGUUUUCACAGCUGGUAUGCUGAAAACUGCUAUGAGAAAUCGUCAUUCCUUUGCAAAAGAAGCCAGACUUGUGUGGAUAUUAAAGACAACAUUGUGGAUGAAGGCUACUACUUCACGCCAAAAGGCGAUGACCCCUGCUUAAGUUGUACGUGUCACAACGGGGAGCCGGAGAUGUGUGUGGCAGCCUUGUGCGAGCGCCCGCAAACCUGUCAACAGUAUCGUAAAGAUCCCAAAGAGUGCUGCAAGUUUACGUGUCUGGAUCCCGAUGGAAACAGCUUAUUUGACUCCAUGGCAAGCGGCAUGCGUCUUAUUGUGAGCUGCAUCUCCUCUUUCCUUAUUUUAUCCCUGUUGCUCUUUAUGGUCCACCGAUUGCGGCAGAGACGCCGGGAGCGCAUAGAGUCCUUGAUUGGAGCCAACCUGCAUCACUUCAACUUGGGUCGUAGGAUGCCUGGCUUUGAUUAUGGCCCCGAUGGUUUUGGAACUGGACUGACGCCACUGCAUCUUUCGGAUGACGGAGAAGGCGGAGCGUUUCACUUCCACGACCCGCCUCCUCCCUACACAGCUUACAAAUAUCCGGAUAUCCAGCAUCCAGAUGAUCCGCCUCCCCCUUAUGAGGCUUCUAUCAACCCCGACAACAUCCUUUGUUCUCCACAAGAUGGAGUCCAUUCCCAGACUGGGCCAAACAAUCCGUUGGCACUUGGAAGCGGUGACGCCUCUUCCCCGCUGGCAGAAGAGUCUCCCCCUCCUUCGGUGGGCCCUUCCCCAGUUGAGCUGGAAAACUCUGCUGACAGUAGUACCCUUCUUGUCCCUCCUGACACGCCCUUAAGUGAAAGCACACCGGCAGAGACCCUCGCGGGCAGCCGCCACAGUCACUGUUCUCUAAAUACCAUUGUAUAAAGGAAAUUACGUGAGAAACAAGAACCCUUACUGCCGGUCAGAAAUAAAAAAAAAGGUGAUGAUAAUUGAGCAACGGUUUGCACACCCGAGUUACAGGUGGACACUCGUCAGUGGACUCGAACGUCAGAAAUAAGCUCAGCUACUUCAAUUUUGGAACACUAGUUUUAUGUUCUAGUCUAGAUUUGUGCCUCCUGGCGAUUUGCUGUCAUUUUCCAUCCUGGUUCGGUUGCCCUCUUGGGAAAAAAAAAAGAUUGUAAAAGCUGCCCUUUUUCUACUGGUUCUGGAAAAAGAGCAGAAAAUUAUUUUUUUUAAGUCAUUUUUUCAUUUUUAAAGAGGAAAAAAGCAUGGAUGGUUUUCUUGUUGUCUGUCCUCUCCCCUUGUAAAUUGUGGAAUAGAAAGGCCUUGUGACGGACGUUUGGGAUUUUGGAGCGCUUUGGAUCUGGGAGAAAGCAGGUACUGAGAAGAAAGGUACGAAUUGGCCAACUGCUGUAAAAUCAUUUGCUGUCCCGCAACCUGUUGUGUUCCUUUCUUGACAGCGAAGGACAUUGGUUCUGCUGGUUGCCCCUUUGAAUGGAAGCAAGAUCCUUGGCUGAUAGAAACUCAAAGAAGAGGAAAAGAGCAUGGGACACACUUUUAAAUCUUCAUUUUGUUUCUGAUGCUGCCUUGGAAUCAGGAUGCUGAGUGUGUGAAGGGGUUUGUGAAACAUUUGGUACUAAGCCCUGCACUUGGAGCUACUGAUUUACUGGUUUAGCUGUAAAACAUGCAACUCUUGUGCUGGAAUGGUUCCAAAUCUGUGACUCACAAUAUGAUGCGGGCUCAUGACAGGCGUCGCAUGCUUUUAGGUACUGGGGUUUGGGAAAGAGAUGUGUUGGGAUCUUUCUCAUCUCUUGAGAGGCAAGAUGGAGGAGCAAAGGUUCGUCAGUGCAGUUGUAUCUGGGUCAUUCCUCUUUCCCUAUUCAUUCUGGUUUUCAUUUCAAGCGGCGAUAUGGGUGUUAAAGCCUUAAACGAUCAUUGUAGGACUCAGCAGGCAGACAAACAGUGCUGGUUUGGGGUGACACAGUUGUGGAUCUUGGGCUUAAUAAAUUGUCACUGUUGUCACUGCAAGCUGGGAUUCAACUCCCAGGUGGCUUUCUUUUAUCCUCCUUCUUUUCCGCCUUGAUGAAGCUAGCAACUCAUUGUUUUUAUUAGUUGUGGGAAUAUGAAAUGUUUGCGACUAGUAAUUCUCAGUUAUGUUCCAGGUUAAAUGUCAUCCCCCCCCCCCCCCCCCCCCCCCGAGAAGUUUAUCUCUGGUUGGAAUGAAAGGGGAUCUUUUUUCUCUCCCUGGGAAAGUGUGUAAAUACUUGACAGAUUCCAAAUCGAAUUGGGAGGCAUUUCCUCACCGCUCGCCUGUUUUGUCAGUCAGGGAGUGUGGCCAGGGAUUGCUUGUGAAGGUUUGACUCCUCCUUGGUUCAUGUGAUCCUAUUGCCUUAUGAAAGGCAAAUAGCCUCGAGGGACAGGAAAGAAACAUUAAUGGUGGUGGUAUGGAGCUGUGAGGCCACUUUGGCUCAUUCAUUUGGCAACUGAGCUCGUUCAAUACCAAAUUCAUCAGGAUGCCUUCCCGUUUCGUUGAAAUUUGGUUUUCUUCCCUCUCUACCUGUAUCUUUCCGUGGACAAUGUUGGCAGAUGGUUGACCUGCAGAAUUGGGAUUUACCCACACACAGGCUGUGUUUUGGGAAGUAGGGCUGUAGCUCAGGGACAGGGCUGCAGCUCAGCAUGCAGACGAUCCUCGAAUUGGACCUUGCGGGUUGAGGAAGCCCUCUUGCCCCGAAACCCUAGAGAGAAACUAUUGGUCAGAUUUAAUGAAAUGGAUCAUUGACCUAAAUUGGCCUAGAACUGCUCUGGAGGUUCAAAUGGCCCCAUGAUAAUCAGUUGCAAACAAUCGUAAAGCUGCGGGAGGCAAUAUUUUCAUGCAGCAGACCUAAACACAUCACUGCUAUGAAAUUCAUUGUCUUGUGAGCUCUGGCAGACAGAGCUCUUGGGCAUCUGGUAGAAUCACCCAAUUUCUCUUCUCCUUUAGCCUAGAGACUCUCAGGAGAGAGCUCUGUAGAAGUCUUGGAAAAUGGGGUUGGGGAAGGCAACCUCUGCCAUUAAGGCCCCUUGGGAUUGCACCUCUCCUUAGCCCUAGACCAUAAUUUCCAGUGGUGGGGGAUUAUGGGAGUUGUAGUCCAAAAGAACUUGGAGCCUGACAGGCGCUCACCCUUGUUACUUAGGAUCCUGAGGGAAGACGCCACAGCAGCCAAAUGAGUUGCUGUCGCAAGGUCUUGGCACACAGGAAUCUCUGUCCUCCGGAUGGCAGGAGAAAUUGCAACAUGACCCUGAAGGCAAACCAGACCCUGUCUCUCCUGAAUCAUGAGUGGCAAAGGAUGGUAUCCUUUGUCUGGAAGUCUCGCUGCUGCUUUUGCCUUGGAGUGGUGAGCUCUGUUGCAGGUGGAGGUGCCGGUUUGGCAUCUGAUAUGGAGUACACCUGAAGGAUGAAACACAAAAUAAAAGCGGGUUAUGUGCGUUUUUAGCACACUCAUAAGUUUUA